ACUAAGCAUACCCAACUGACUGGACUAUAACAGAGUGUUCUCUUCAAUAAGCCAUGUAUCUCAGAUUUAUCCCGUACUUCCUGGGAUGGGGCAAUCUGAGAACUGCCGAAAGUCACGGCAUCGUUGUGGAGAUCGUUAAUCAAUAGUAAUAUAGAAACCCACCCCCGUCGCUAAUUCCUGACGCACGCCAAACUGUGACAAGCAGAGAUGUGGAGAAUGGAACGAUGGCAUGGCAGUUGCUCAAAGGAUAUUUACAAUCCAUGUGUUCAUUCCCAAUUCUAAGCCUUUGAACGGGUUGAACUUCAUCUUGAAACACAAUAGUGAUUAUCUUUCCAGGUUGCCAUCACCAUGUUCAUACUGCCUUUUUUGUUUUCCGGGGCGGUGUACGCCCAGGGAGGAACAAACACGAUGCUGCGAUUCGGGUGUUCGCAGGUCGUGGUUGACCGCAUUGAUCCUUUGGUAAACCCGGGGUUGGCUCCGUCACCGCACAUGCAUCAAGUUGUCGGAGGGAACGCGUUCAACACGUCUAUGGAGUCAACCGACAUUGCGAAACUUGCGAGUUGUACCACAUGCGGAUAUUCAGAAGAUCUUUCGAACUAUUGGACCGCAAACGUUUAUUUCAAAGCACGCAAUGGAACGUACAAGCGUGUCCCACAGGUUCCCAACAGAGAUCUAUUUGGUGAUAAAUACACUGGAAAGACGAAAGGUGGAUUCGUCGUCUAUUACGUAUCCCCUGGAAAGGCCAAAGUCACUGCCUUCAAGCCUGGUUUCCGCAUGCUGGUCGGUGACGCGAAUAACCGUGUAAGCAAGAAUCUGAAGUCGCAAACCUGCUUCAGGUGCUACACUGGGCCGAACUUUGGUGGUGACAACGCUGCUCCGUGUCAAGAUGCUAAACUGGACACCGAAAAUUUUCCUACUAAGCCAUGCCCUGGCGGUAUUCGGUCCAAUAUCUUGUAUCCAACCUGCUGGGACGGUGUAAACCUUGACUCUCCCGAUCACAAGGCCCACGUAGCAUAUCCCAAGAACGGGCCCGCGUUGUUCACAGGAAGCAGUGUUGGAGGUGACUGCCCAUCUACCCAUCCUGUCAAAAUCCCGCAAAUCAUGCUGGAGAUCGUCUGGGAUACUACGAAGUUCAACAACAAGGCAGAUUGGCCGGCUGAUGGCUCACAGCCUUUCGUGCUCAGCACUGGCGACACGACCGGAUACGGACAACAUGGUGAUUAUGUGUUUGGAUGGAAAGACGACUCACUUCAGAAAGCUAUGGACUCUGCUAAGGGUUGUAUGGGUGCUUCAUGCGGCGGGUUGCUGACCCAGCAGCCUGAUGCUGGAAAUGCCUGCAGUGUUCCCCGACGUGUGAAUGAAGAUGUUGAUGGAUGGAUGACGGAGCUCCCCGGAAUGUCUGGGAUGCCGAUGUAA